AUGGCAAAGCAAGCAAAUAAAGAGAUUAGAAUCGUAUCAUUAUUAUUAUUAGAUAUAGUUUUUUUUUUACUGGAAAUCACUAUCGGGUAUGCAGUUCAUUCUUUAGCUUUAAUUGCAGAUUCGUUCCAUAUGUUAAAUGAUAUUUUUAGUUUGAUUAUUGCUUUAUGGGCUGUUAAUGUUUCCAAAAACAAAAACCCAGAUGCAAAAUAUACCUAUGGUUGGAAAAGAGCAGAAAUUCUAGGUGCUUUGGUCAACGCAAUUUUUUUGCUUGCUCUUUGUGUUUCCAUUUUCAUUGAAGCUAUCCAAAGAUUCUUUGAACCCCAAGAAAUUAAAAAUCCAAAGUUGGUUUUAGUUGUGGGUACUGCCGGAUUAAUCUCUAAUAUCAUUGGUUUGUUUUUGUUCCAUGAGGGCGGACACGGCCACGCACAUUCCCACGGUGGUUUUUCUGACGAACAUGAACAAACCAUGCAUGGGGAGCAUGAAGACCAUUCACACAAUCAUACCGACUCUGCUUCAGAUUUGGAAAGUAACUCUUGGGAUAAUAGUAGGACACGUUUAAAUGACUUGAUGCCUGGUGCUGUUGUUGAAAGUUACCACAAUUCUUCUGCUAAACAUACACAUUCCCAUAGCGCUACCGGAAGUGAAGAUGAGCACACAAGUUUAUUAAACAGUAAAGGGAAAGAUGCCAAAAAGUCUAAAAAGCCAAAAUCUUUAAAUAUGCAUGGUGUUUUUUUACAUGUUUUGGGUGAUGCUUUAGGUAACGUUGGUGUUAUCUUAACAGCUUUGUUAAUUUGGAAAACGGACUAUUCAUGGAGAUUUUAUUCUGAUCCAUUCGUUUCUUUGGUUAUUACAGCCAUUAUCUUUUCCUCUGCAAUUCCAUUAUCGCGUAAAGCUUCUAGGAUCCUAUUGCAAGCAACACCAUCUACUAUUAGCGCAGAUGCUGUUGUAAAGGAUAUUCUAAAUAUUCCAGGUGUUAGGUCGGUUCAUGAUUUCCAUAUUUGGAACUUGACGGAAUCCUUUUUUAUUGCUUCUCUUCAUGUCGAAAUCGAUUCUACACCUGAACAUUUUAGCGAAAUUGCUAAAUUAAUUAGAAAUAUCUUCCAUAGAUAUGGUAUUCACUCUGCCACUGUUCAGCCUGAAUUUAUUACUGGUGAUGUUAGCCAGGCUAAUUGUUUGAGGUUUUCUAGAAUUGCAGGGGGCGGUGUCAGUAAUCAAUCAAUUGAAAACUUUGACAUUAAUGGGGAUGAUGACGCCUAUGGAUCUACUACUGCUUCUACUAACUGUUUAGUAGACCAGGCCGCUAAUUGUAACGCUGAUAGAUGUUUGCAAAAAUAA